GCCCAGCUGCAGCCAAGAACUUGCAGCUGGCUGCGGUUGCUUUAGGGGAGUAGGGAUUAGGGCGGCUGUGGGCCCUGCUGACCUGGCUCUCCUUAUUGUGAUCUCCUGCCUUGGCAUGUCUUGUCGCCUCCCCAGGGAGCUGUCAGUACAUACUUGUUUUCUUGGACUUCUUGGACUUCUCCCGCAGCUCGAGUAGGUUGUGCCCCAAGGCUGUAGUGUGAGCAAAGAACAGGGACAUGAAUGCUGUGCCACUGAUGCUUGGCCCAGUGCCAAGGUGAGGAUUCAAGGGCAGAGAGUACCGGGCACAUUAACGAAGCAGUCAUGGAAGCGUCAAACAGGAACAUUUCCAGCCCAACCCACAAAGUCAUUCAGAACACUCCUCUGGACCUGAUAGACAUGGGCAAAGGGCUGAAGGUCCAGACAGACAAGCCGCACCUGGUGAGCCUGGGAAGUGGCCGGCUUAGCACUGCUAUCACCCUCUUGCCCCUAGAGGAGGGGAAGACCAUGAUUGGCUCCGCAGCUAAGGACAUUGUUCUGCAAGGGGCUGGGUUGGCAUCUGAGCACUGCUACAUCGAGAAUGUGUGUGGAACUCUCACCUUGCACCCCUGCGGGAAUGCCUGCACCAUUGAUGGCCUGCAGGUUAAGCAGCCCACACGACUGACCCAAGGGUGCAUGAUCUGCCUGGGGCAGUCAACCUUCCUCAGGUUUAAUCACCCUGCUGAGGCCAAGUGGAUGAAAAGCAUGAUCCCAGCUGGAGAAAGGAGCCCUGGGGCUUCAUAUGGACUCACAUCAGAAUCAGAGCGUCUAGUGAAUGGCAACCACCAGCUGUCUCUCAAUGAUGCCCAUAAGGGGCAGGGAAUGAGGCCCCGGCCCAGCCACAGCUCUCUAGUCAGCUCCAUCGAGAAAGAUCUGCAAGACAUCAUGGACUCUUUGGUGAUAGAGGAGUCGGGAUGCCCCAGGAAAAAGCUGUCUGCCAAUGCCCAGUCCCCUGUUUCCUCAGUGGUGAAUGGUGGUGGGCACUACUUCUUGUCCCCACCCUUGAGCCCCGGGGCCAUGUCUGUGGGCUCCAGCUAUGAUAACGCAUCUCCACCCUUCUCCCCACUUUCUUCCCCAGCCAGCAGUGGCAGUUACACUAGCCACUCUCCCAGUAGUCAGGAGCAGGGGCCACCCAUCCCCCCCGUGGUGCCAGUGAGAUCAUCCAGCUACAACCAUGCCAUGCAGUUUCCACAGCAGCGGACACCUCCCCCUCCAGGUGGUGCCUCCCACCUGGACCUGAGGAGCAGUGCCAUGGGCACAAAUGAUACACAGCUUGCAGAGAGUCCUAAGAUGCAGAGGAAGGCCGUGCAUGGCAGUCCCGUGAGCCCCACACCUAGCCAGAGAACCCUCCACCCUGAAGGCCCUGGGCUUUCAGCCUUCUCCAGUUCCCGGAGGGCUGUUGAGAGCACACAGUUGGGCCAUUCUAACCAGCACAUGCCCCUAGUGUCUAUAAGCCUGAGUGACUAUGUGACAGGAAGCUCCCAGGCUCAGCCUACCAAUAUCCCCAGUAGUCCCCAUCUGACACCCAAAUUUCAGUCGCCAUCUGCUCAGAGGUUGAAAAUGGUGGCUCUUCAAGAGCGCCCACCCAGCCCCUUUAGGGAGGUCAAGGAACCCCCUGGCAUUGACAGGCACCUGGCCUCCAGCCCAUCCCGGCAGAUGUUGGCAAGAGUCUUCCAGCCUCUGGAGACUGCAGGCUUCAUCCAUGUCAGUCAGGGCAGCCGUUCUCUGCAGCCCCCUGAAAGUCCCAGAAUGGGCAGAAGGAGCAUGGAGAGCAUGAGAGACUUGCCUCCCCUCAGCCCUUCCCUGUCUCGCCGGGCAGCACCCCUGCCUUCUGCCUUGUCUCCUCAAGCAAGGACCCCCCAAGAGAGUCCCUCACAGCAGACCAAGCUGGCCAAGGAGGUUCCUGAGAGCCCUCGCAUCCGGCACAAGGCAGCCAGGCCCCUGGAGAGACAUGAAGACUUCUCCUCAUCCUCCUUGACAGGGAAGAAUUUGAGAACCAGAAGUCCCUCACCCAUCUUCCAGGCAGAACUUGCCUCCCAGCGUAAGCCCAGCUUCAGUAUCACUCUCAGCCCUGCAUACAGCCUGGGAUCACUGGCCGUGUCCUCACCCCAUCAGAGCCCCCGGGCACAGAGAAAGCUGUCUGGAGACCUGCGGCUGCCCAUGAGCACAAGGGAGCGCAAAAAUAGCAUCACUGAGAUCAGUGACAAUGAAGAUGACCUGCUAGAAUAUCACCGACGCCAGCGCGAGGAGCGGCUGCGUGAGCAAGAGAUGGAGCGCCUGGAGCGCCAGCGCCUGGAGACCAUCCUGAGCCUGUGUGCAGAAUACACCAGAACUGAUGGCACCACAGACACAGGCAACUUGCACCAGCACUUCCCGAGUGACGGAGAUGCCACCACCAUACUGACAGGCAGGAGGCAUUCGAAGGGCUCAACCAGCCUGUCUGCCUUGGGCCUUGGCAAGGCCAUAGAGGAGACUGGAGAGUCCACAGGGACCGAGCAGAGGGUGAGCCUGGAGAAAUCUGAGGAGGAAAAUCUGAAGGAGGAAUGUAGCAGCACAGAGAGCACGCACCAUGAGCAUGAGGACUUGACAGGCUCCAAGAGCAAGGAGGCCAUCCAGUUGGAGGAGGAGUGGGUGCGGGUGCUAAGCCGCGUGGAUGAGCUCAAGAGCCAUGUCAAGGAGCUGGAGCAGCAGCUCCAGGAGUCAUCCCAUGAGGCGGAGAUGGAGCAGGCUCUUCUGCAGGGGGAGCAGGAGUCAGAAAUGAUACAGCUGCAGCAGGAACAGAAGAUCGUGCAACAGCUACAAGAGAAACUCUGCAAGCUGGAUUCCAGUAUCCAGAAGGAGCGGGACAAGGAAAGGGCAAAGGUUGAUGCUGAAAGGAAGGAACUAGAGAAACUCCAAGCGCUUUACAAUGAGUCGAAGAGCCAGCUUGAUAACUGCCCUGAGUCAAUGCGGGAGCAGUUACAGGACCAGAUCAGAAGGGAGGCAGAGGCCCUGGAGACAGAAACCAAGCUGUUUGAGGACUUGGAGUUCCAGCAGCUGGAAAAGGAGAGUCGCCUGGAGGAGGAGCGCGAGACUGUGAGCCAGCAGAUCCUACAGAGCAAGGCUGAGUGCCAUCGCAGUAUCGCCAAGAGGAAGGAACGGCUGGCUGCAUUGGAAAGCCAGGCCAAUCACAUACGUCUCCAGACUGCCCAGGAGUCUGAGCGCCUUGCCAAGGAGAAGAAUGCCAUGCUGCAGCUGCUGCAGAAGGAGAAGGAGAAGCUUGUCUCCCUGGAGAGACGGUACCAUCUUGUCACUGGCAGACGGAGUUUCCCCAAAACAUCAUCUGCACUCAAAGAGGAGUACAUGAGGCUGUCUGAUGUUUUCAGAUUCUACUGCAGUAUGUACAGCCCUGGCCAGGAUACUAAAGCUGUUGCUGCCACUGCUGCUACUCCUCUUGCUUGCUUGCUUGCUGUACCUCCCACAACCAAUGAGAUGGAGAACCAACUUCAGGGCGGCCCAGUGCAGCUUUCUGCUUUGGAUUCAGAAAAGUGGUUCAUGUCUGGUUUCGAGGCCUCCUCCCCUGCCUCUCCUCACUCUUCCCCUCCUCCUCUUCCUGCUAAAGCUCACUGUUCUCGAAAGCUGUUCCAGGUCUUUCGUGCGAAGCUGGACAGCGACGCCGGCAGCACCCUCCCACAUACAAAGAGUGGGUCUGCAUCAUCCUCACAGCUCAGUGUGGCCACGCUGGGACGCAGCUCCUCCCCAAAGGGCCCUGUGCACCCACAGAAUGGCACAGGCAGCCUUCCACGGAACUUGGCAGCCACACUGCAGGACAUUGAGACCAAACGCCAGCUGGCCCUGCAGCAGAAAGGGCAGCAGGUGAUUGAGGAGCAGAAGCGGCGCCUGGCGGAGCUGAAGCAGAAAGCAGCUGCUGAGGCGCAGUCCCAGUGGGAGGCUCUGCACGGGCAGCCUCACUACCCCCCUUCUUCCUACCCUCCGCUCAUGCAUCACUCCAUUCUCCAUCAUCAUCCUCCCCACGGCAUCGGGCACCGGGCCGAGGACAUGGACCACGCCUAUGACACACUCAGCCUGGAGAGUUCAGACAGCAUGGAAACCAGUAUCUCCACUGGUGGCAACUCAGCCUGCUCACCUGAUAACAUGUCCAGUGCCAGUGGGGUGGAGGCAGUGAAAAUUGAAGAGAUGGAGAAGAUGCUGAAAGAGGCCCAUGCAGAGAAAUCUCGUCUGAUGGAGUCACGGGAGCGGGAGAUGGAGCUGCGGCGACAGGCUCUGGAGGAUGAGCGCAGGCGACGGGAGCAGCUGGAGCGGAGGCUGCAGGAUGAGACAACUCAUCGGCAGAAGCUGAUUGAGAAGGAAGUCAAGAUGAGAGAGAAGCAGUUCUCUCAGGCACGGCCCCUAACCAGGUAUCUCCCCAUCCGCAAGGAGGAUUUUGACUUGAAGAUACAUAUCGAGUCCUCAGGCCACAGUGUGGACACCUGCUACCAUGUCAUCCUGACUGAGAAGAUGUGCAAGGGCUAUCUGGUCAAGAUGGGUGGCAAGAUCAAGUCCUGGAAGAAGCGUUGGUUUGUCUUUGAUCGCAUGAAACGCACAGUCUCCUACUAUGUUGAUAAACAUGAAACAAAGCUCAAGGGAGUGAUCUAUUUCCAAGCCAUAGAGGAGGUUUAUUAUGACCAUCUCCGCAGUGCUGCUAAGAGUCCCAACCCCGCACUUACCUUCUGUGUCAAGACCCACGACCGUCUCUAUUACAUGGUGGCACCAUCAGCUGAGGCUAUGAGAAUCUGGAUGGAUGUUAUUGUGACUGGAGCAGAAGGCUACACGCAGUUCAUGAAUUGAGGGUGACUAGGAGUGCUUCAGGUGAAGCUGUCCAAGAUCCACCUGCUCUUCUGCUCCCAGAUGGAUUUGCCAUUGCCAGUGCCAAGAUGACCUGGAGCUGACCCCCUUCUCUCCCAUAGCUGGAUCCAGCAGACAGCCUUUUUCAUGAACCCCACAGCGAGAUCGUGAAAGUUCCCUCUGAUGCAGAUAUUAGCCAGCUCAUGCCCUUUGGGCCCUGGUUGGUUAAAUCAUGUUGCUGACUAUAGGGCCUGGAUUCAGGUCUGCACUUGUGCCAUCUUGCCCUUUUCCCGAGAGCUUUGGGAUGUGAUUUGACAAACACGGGGUUGAUUCUUUUUUAUGAGGAAUGUUUUAAAAAAAUAGGGAAAAUCAGGCCUGCAAAGCCAUGAUUUUUUGUUACAAAAUCCUUAUUUUUUCAUAUUGUAGCCAUUCCUAGUGGAAUCGCUGUUGCGUUUCCCCUUCCACCUACAUUUUCUAUUAAACACAGUGUACGAGAGGACAGUGAAAGCACAUGCCCAGGCAUGGUGUAAGCUUUCCUCUCACUGAACAGAGGUGUUAAUAAGCAAGGCUGGCACAGUCCCCUUAGUCAAGAGUUUCGGGGGGGGGAGAAGGAAAUGUUUUUAUAUUUAAGAGGGUUAGUUUAUUUGUUAAUGGAAACAUAUCAGUGGGCUGAAAGUACAAAGCACACGCGUUGACAAAGCCCAUGCUGCUGGUUCCAGUUCAAACUAGGCCUGAUAUCUUUAGCUGUUGGAUAAAGGAACUAAGCUGUCUAGUUGUUACAACUUCUUUAAAUUGGAGAUUGCUGGGCAUCACUGUGACAACUGCAUCAGACUCAUAUGGAGCAUCCUACCAGAAUCUGUGACCAGACCCUAUUUGCACCACUGUCUGCUUGACUUGUUUCCUUUUCUAGUGCCAUUCUCACCAGCAUCAAGUCUGCCCCAGGUGCCUAGAUAAUGCACCAUGGCAGGCCUGCCAGAUUGACUGCUGCUGCCUGUAAGAGCAAGGGGGCUAUCUAAUCUCUCAGAUUCUGCUCUUCUGUGCCUUGACCACCUUUGAGAGUCUGUGCAUCAGCAAAGGCAAGCUGCAAGGUUGGAGGGUUCUGGUGUGGUGUAAAGCUGGAGGUAACUGUGCCAGGUAUGUAAAGGGUGUGGGAUGAGAGGGAGUAUUUUUAUCUGCCAGGGCUGGUGAGGUCUCUCAUACACUAUGCACUGAGGUAUGUAGCCUCAUGGACCUAAUGGCUUCUUCUGACACUGUGAGCUUUAAAAGUGCCUGUCUCCAAGGAGAAGCCAUGAGAGAGAGGCAAGAAAGCAGAGUCUGGGUGCCUAAGUUAAUUGUUUGCACAUGCCUCAUGAGGAUGGUAGUGCCUAAAUGUACAUCGAAUGGUCCAAUGGUGUAAGGUGCUAAGCACCCUCCAAGUCCCAGAGAGCUGAAUGCACAGCCCCUUUAACACUGGGCCCAGAUUUAUCUAAGCCUGAAGCUGCUCCGCCUAUAGAAUUGGAAGCACCAGCACUUAGCGCUUUGCCAAGUGGCUAACGAAUGGGGGCCCUUGACAUUUUGAGUCCCUUUCAAAGUGUCUAUUUGUAGCUGCUGAUUUGCCCAAGCCAGCUGAGAGCUAGGAAUUUCUGCUGCUUUCCUCUAAGGUUUAGUGAAGAGUUAAGUUUCACAUAGCUGAAAAUCCCUUGAAAGAACAGGACUAUUUAAAUCCCAGUCUGGUUUUAUACCCCUGAAAUCCUUAUUUUCCAAAUCUUUUUUAACCGUAGGUAUUUGUAUGAAUUCAAGUGCCAUUGCUGUUAAGCCUAGAAUCUCCCUUUGUCCAGUUUGUACCGUCUUCUGCAUACCUAAGCUGGGGCAGGCAGCAACCAAUCCAGUCUCUCCCUCUUCUCAGUAGCUGUAUACAGGCUGCCAACAAUAAAAGCCUUUUGAGUAACAGACUUAAAAUUGUUUCCCCUACCCGUCUUGACCACAGCCAGCCACCUAAGACAAAGGGUUUACAGUAGCUAUUGUGUGGGUAGUCACCUGUCUUUGAAAGUGCACUGCCACACCCCUAUAGCAAGUUUUGUCUGGAUAGCCACUGAGGCUGUCAUCCUUCAAAAGAAAUUCAACAACCUCUACAGGUCUCUGAAUGAGAGGGACAGCGAAGGGUGGCACAGAGGCAGCUUGGGGAGAGUGACAGGAUCUGGGAUGGGAAAUGGAGCUGGGCCCACGGCAGCAGAUUAUAACCCUCUUAUUAAUUACAUUUUUAUAUAUAAUGUAUAUUUUGUAACUUGUUUUUAUCUUUCAUUCCAUUCAAACUAAAAAGAACUUCACCUUU